AUGUCGGAACCUAACAAUACACGUUUCAAUGACGAAGCAGCUACCUGGGACUCCAAUCCCACAAUCCAGGUAGCCACCCGUCUGGCAUUCCAGACUCUCCAACCCAUCAUCCAGAGCCUCUCGGACCAGAACCGUACCCCAGGGUCUGCUGCCCCCUGUCUGGACGUCCUCGAAGUAGGCUGCGGAACUGGCCUUCUCACCGUCCGCGUCGCCCCUCUCGUCCAUGAGAUCGUUGCUGUCGACACCGCGCAGGGCAUGAUCGACAUGUUACAGACCAAGAUCACCACUUCCCCGGUGACUCAGAAUAUCAUCCCUGUGUGUAAACUGCUCCAGGACCCGGAAGACCCCGUCCUUCCGCCUAUGGAUCAAUCUAACCCUGCCGGUCCCCGCCGGAAAUUCGACCUCGUCCUCUCCCACCUCGUCAUGCAUCAUAUCCCUGAUCUUCGGCUGUUCUUGCACACCUUACUAGAUUGUCUAAAGCCGGGUGCGCACGUCGUCUUGACGGAUUUCGAGGACUUCGGACCUGAGGCGAUCAAGUUUCAUCCACCGUCGAAGUUGGACGGGGUCGAGAGACAUGGGAUCCCCCGUGCGUGGAUGGAGGGGUUGAUGCGUGAGGUAGGAUUUCAGGAUGUGAAGGUGUGGGUGGGUUGGAGGUUGGAUAUGGAGGUCGAGGGAUGGGAGGAUGCUGGGAAGGUCAUGCAGUUCCCAUUUUUGGUCUGUGAGGGGGUUCGUCCAUUAUCUGCAUGA